AUGGAUUGGAAGGAGACUCAGGACGCGCAUGUGUUCAUGACGGACGUCCCGGGCCUGGCCAAGCAACAGGUGGUCGUCGAGCUGGUGGAUGGCCGCAUCCUCCGCAUCUACUGCGGCAAGAAGGACAACGACGCCAAUAAGGGCGGCCUAGCGGUGGGCCACGAGGAAAAGAAGGAAUAG